AUCUGAAACAGGAAAAGGAUGAAGCUACUGGUUUGUUCAUCCGCAGAAUUCAACAUCGGAUGUGAUCAGGCUUCCGCAUCAUGUUUACAGCACAAAAUGGGUGACAUGUCUAUACAUCUAUGAUGGUGUUAGGUCGAAAUCCUCUCAUUUGAUUUCUCCAUGUCAAUCGCAUCAGUCCUAUCUGUUGUGUGGGCAACGAUAGCAACCCAAGGACUCGGUGGAAUCGACAACUUCAGUUCUGUGGAGGUGCAGUUCGAAGUUGUUGGAAGUGAACCCGUCACACAGUACGUGAGGACGAAACCGGCACGUAUACGACCCGAAAUUUCCUGCGUCAACCAUAAGACGAAUUGCAGCAAGAUCCUCUUCGAUGGAGUCGACGAUGUGUGGGUGCUGGAAGAGGAGCGGGAAAGGAAAGGGGGGAGGCGGAGGCGGCGACGAGGAGCAGCAGCAGUCGUCGCCUUGGAAUCUGUUCAUCGAUCUCAAGGUGUUGGAGGCCGCUACCGAUAACUUCUCAGAAGCCAAUCUCCUCGGACAGGGCGGCUUCGGCCCCGUUUAUAAGGGGGUGAUGAAGAAUGGGCCGGAGAUAGCAGUGAAGAAGCUGUCGUUGCACUCUCGGCAGGGGGUGCGGGAGUUCACCAACGAGGUCAGGCUACUGCUCAAAGUCCAACACCGGAAUCUGGUUUCGUUGCUUGGCUGCUGCGUCGCCUCCGAUCAGAAGAUGCUCGUCUACCCCUACUUCCCAAACCGAAGCCUCGAUCACUUCCUCUUUGAUAAGCGCAGAACGGCAUCACUGGAUUGGUCGAAACGUUUUGAGAUUAUUGUGGGAGUGGCAAAGGGCCUUCUGUACCUCCAUGAAGAGUCUCCAGUGAAGAUCAUCCACAGGGACAUCAAAGCCAGCAACAUUCUACUUGAUGACCGAUUGAACCCAAAGAUAGCUGACUUUGGCAUGGCGAGACUCUUCCAAGGGGAUGAUACGCAUGUCAAUACAUUUAAGGUUUCUGGUACCUACGGCUACAUGGCACCGGAGUAUGCACUGAGCGGCUAUCUGUCAGCGAAGGCUGAUGUCUUCAGCUUUGGGGUAUUGAUGUUGGAGAUCGUGAGCGGGAGGAAAAAUAUCGACAAAAAGCUGGACGAAGAGCGGAUCGACCUACUGAGCUACACAUGGAAGCUCUUCGAGGAAGGUAAAGCAUUGGAGAUCGUGGAUCCUAGUAUUUCCACUUGGGACCGUGAUGAAGCCGCAUUGUGUAUCCAAGUCGCACUGUUGUGCUGCCAAGCCGUGGUUUCUGUCAGACCUGAGAUGCACGGUGUCCGUCUCAUGCUAUCGAGUGAUUCGUUCUCGUUGCCGAAGCCAGGAAGGCCUGGAACUCGUGGAAGAGAAGGGCGAUGGACAAGCACCGCCACAUCAACUCUCACCAGGACAAGCGCAAACAGUACUGCUGCUUCCACUGGUACUGAUGCCACCAAGUCUUCUUCCAUCUUUUACGGCAUAGCUGAAGACUUCUCUCGCAAUUCUAUCUCCGUAUCGUUUACUACGGAGGGCCGGUGAAAUGAACUCUUCCUCCUUCCCACUC